CCAUUAAACCCCACCACCUUCUCAGGCUAAAACCCUGUGGGAACUGUAGAGCUGUGGCACAUUGAGCUUUCAGUGUUUUAUUCGCACAUCUGGAUGCAAAGAAGGGAGCUUUUACUUUGAUUAAGGUCAAAAUGGGGUGGAAAAGUUAUCAGAAACUCAUUCAUCAGUGGAGAAUUCUCAGAGGAGAUAAUGUCAUGAUUAUCAGAGGAAAAGAUAGAGGCGAGACUGGUAUCGUUAAGCGUGUCGUACGUUCUCAAAACCGUGUAAUUGUCGAGGGGAAAAACCUGGUCAAGAAACAUAUCAAACAAGGGCAAGGCCAUGAAGGUGGUAUAUUUACAGUUGAAGCCCCGCUGCAUGUAUCCAAUGUUCAGGUUGUAGAUCCAGUCACAGGGAAACCAACCAAGGUCGGAAUUAGAUACCUGGAGGAUGGGUCCAAAGUAAGAGUCUCAAGAGGUAUAGGAGCAUCUGGUUCUAUUAUUCCCCGGCCCGAGAUCUUAAAAAUAAGGACCACACCAAGGCCUACAGUUGCUGGUCCUAAGGAUACCCCAAUGGAGGUUGUUAUGGAGAGGACAUAUGAUCCAAAAACAGGAAAAGGCAUGCCAGAUCUCUAAAGAAAAUGUGGUGCAGAAGCUAGUAUCUAAUGCAUUACCUUUGUGAGAACACGGUCACUUAUUUCAUUUAAGAAACUCACACUGUUUGGCUUUAGAUCAACAGAAUUCGCUACCUCUUUUGUAACAGAAGAUAAAUAUCGUCAACCGCCAGAAUUAUGGUAUACUUUAAAAAAGUUCUUGGCAGUUGUUGAAGAUUGUGUGCCUUUCGUCAUCUUUAGUUCUUGGGAAUUUACUUGUGGAACUCUUCAAUCCUAAAUCCUAAAUCAGUUUUCAGUUGUUUCA